GGCAAGCCUGCGCACAUCUAUCAAUUGCUCGGCUACAGGGCGAGUCUUUAGUUUCAGUCAGUGCCUCUGUGUUGGUGAGUGAUUGUGGUAAUUUGUAAUAUCAUCCAAUAUACCUCAGGAUUUAAUUGUUAAAUAUGGCAUCCGGUGUAACUGUUUCGGAUAUUUGUAAGACGACAUAUGAAGAGAUCAAGAAAGACAAGAAGCACCGCUAUGUAAUUUUUUUCAUUAAGGAUGAAAAACAAAUAGAUGUAGAAGUCAUUGGUGAAAGAAAUGCCGAAUAUGAAUCUUUCCUCACCGACCUGCAGAAAGGUGGAACUGGCGAAUGCCGAUAUGGUCUCUUUGAUUUUGAAUAUAUGCAUCAAUGUCAAGGCACAUCAGAAAGUUCCAAGAAACAAAAGCUUUUCUUGAUGUCAUGGUGCCCAGAUACCGCUAAGGUUAAGAAGAAGAUGUUGUACAGCAGCUCCUUCGAUGCAUUGAAGAAAUCUCUUGUUGGAGUACAAAAAUACAUCCAAGCAACUGAUCUCUCAGAAGCAAGUCAAGAGGCCGUGGAAGAAAAACUACGUGCUACGGAUCGCCAAUAAAAACAACCAGCAAACAGACAUUCAUGUGUGCGUGCUAAAUCUACCCAUAUAUAUUGACCCAAAGACAUAU